AUGGGAAAACCGCGAAAACGACGCCAUCCUUUUAUUACAGAAUUUUCAAUGUGGAUCCGGAAGAAAAUGAACCGAAAAUUCAAAGAGCACUUCAAGUGGAGAAUAAAGGAAGCAAAAGUAAUCAAGAGAAAACUGUGCAAAUUGAUCGAUGAUGGCAACACAUUCGACGAGCUGCAAAACAUCUGUAAGAGAGAAUGCUGGAAGCCGCUGAAUUACAGAACUUACUCAAGAUGGAGACGGGACAUUUUCGUGAAGACAUUUGGAAUCGACGAAACAGAGAGCAUCACUGUAAAAAUGACGGGAAUGGACAUUUCGGAAACUCAAAAAAUUUGUUUUGAAAAACCGGCGAUGGUUGCCGAAUCACUUCCGAAGAAAAGAUACGACGACUACAGCAGCAGUUCCAGCAGCGAUUCCUCUAUUCCUAUGCUCGAAGGCGAGGAAAGUGAUGCUUCCUCAAUCGUAGACGAAGAAAUCGAAACUCCAGGAGCACGAAAGCUCGGAAGCCUUCAAAGAAAUAAAUUCCAAGAAAAAGGAAACUUUACAAUGCCUGACCUUUCGAUGGACGAUGAUGAUGUCAUGAUUUCACGCUUUGGAGCAGACGACCCUUUCGAUUACUCUGAGAAACUACAGGAAGAUAUCGAAGCUCAGAAGCUGAUUGACGAAGCCGAGAUGAAAAAAGCAAAAGAGAAGAGAAAAGUCAACCUUCCGAAACCAAAGUCAGACAUACGAUUUCUUUGA